CUUUUUUUAAGAAAGCCCCAGAAAGCUAAAUCAUAAUCAAAAGGAUUCUGAAUGUGCUUACUCUGUAUAUGAGUGCAAACAGAAAUUCCAAAUCUUUGGGGUGACAUCACGGUGUGUUGGCUUUAAAAAUUGUAUUUUUUUUUUUUAACACUGCCUUACUGUUUGCGUAAGUCUCCCUUUUUUUUUCUUUUUUAUAUCAAAAAAAAUGAUGAACAACUCUAUGACAACUCCUCAACAAUUAAGUAAUCACGAUAAUAAUGAAUGGAAACAAAAUUUGAUGCUUCCAAAAAAAGAUACACGACCACAAACAGAGGAUGUAACAGCUACAAAAGGAAAUGAAUUCGAAGAUUAUUUUUUGAAAAGAGAACUAUUGAUGGGUAUUUUUGAAGCUGGCUUUGAACGACCCUCACCCAUCCAAGAAGAGGCUAUCCCUAUUGCUUUAGCAGGCCGUGAUGUACUUGCAAGAGCCAAAAACGGUACAGGAAAAACUGCUGCAUUUGUCAUUCCAACCUUAGAAAAGAUAAACAACAAAAUAUCCAAGAUUCAAGCUCUAUUGCUUGUCCCUACACGUGAAUUAGCAUUACAAACAGCACAAGUAUGCAAAACGUUGGGUAAGCACUUGAAUAUUCAAGUGAUGGUGACUACAGGAGGUACCACUUUAAAGGAUGAUAUUUUGCGUCUGGGUGAAACUGUGCACAUCGUCGUUGGUACACCAGGUCGUAUUCUCGAUCUUGCUUCAAAAGGCGUGGCUGAUUUCAGUGAAGCUACAACAUUUGUCAUGGAUGAAGCCGAUAAACUGUUAUCACCAGAAUUCUCCCCUAUUAUUGAUCAGCUAAUUGCCUUUUUCCCAAGUAAUCGACAGAUUAUGCUCUUCAGUGCCACUUUCCCAAUGAUUGUAAAGAACUUUAAGGAUAAGCAUCUUACCAAGCCUUAUGAAAUUAACCUGAUGGAUGAGCUGACAUUGCGUGGUGUUACUCAAUACUACGCAUUUGUGGAAGAAAAACAAAAGGUUCACUGUUUGAAUACGCUUUUCUCAAAGCUUCAAAUCAAUCAAUCCAUCAUCUUUUGUAAUUCUACCAAUCGAGUCGAGUUAUUGGCCAAGAAAAUCACUGAAUUAGGUUAUUCUUGCUUCUAUUCCCAUGCUAAAAUGCUCCAAAGUCACCGUAACCGUGUAUUUCAUGAUUUCAGAAACGGGGUUUGUCGUAACUUGGUGUGCUCAGAUCUCUUAACUCGUGGUAUCGAUAUUCAAGCAGUCAACGUCGUCAUUAACUUUGAUUUCCCCAAGAAUGCUGAAACCUAUUUACAUCGUAUUGGUCGUUCAGGCAGAUUUGGUCACCUUGGUUUAGCUAUCAACUUGAUUACUUAUGAAGAUCGAUUCAAUCUGUAUAAGAUUGAGCGUGAAUUGGGUACUGAAAUUCAACCUAUUCCACCAGUAAUCGACAAGACGUUGUAUGUUGCUCCUAAUGCUCUUGAUAAUGCCGAAGUUCAGCAACCUAAUCGUCAAUUAGCUAUGGCUACUCGUCAGCAACAACAACAGAGAGUAUCUCAGCCUGAACAACAACAACAACAACAACAACAACAAUUCCAACAAUUCCAACAGUUUCAACAAUUUCAACAACUUCAGCAACUUCAACAGCCUCAGCAGCAGCAGCAACACUAUCAACGUAGAAACUACCAUCAAUCAUCACGCGGUGGAUAUAAUCAUUAUAGAGGAGGACGUCAACAUAUGGGCUCAAGAGGGCAUUAG